AUGCCAAUGCUUGAAGAUCCGUCACAGAAAUACCAGCAAUUUGCUGCCCCCGAGCUGCCUGAUAGAACGUGGCCGUCAAAAAAAUUAACUAAAAGGCCGCGAUGGCUAGCGACUGACCUUCGCGACGGGAACCAAGCGUUGGCUAAACCAUUGGAUUUCGAUCAGAAAUGGACGUUCUUCCAAAUGCUCCUUCGCAUCGGUUUCAAGGAGAUUGAGGUCGGCUUCCCAGGGGCUUCAGACACAGACUUCAAUUUUACCAAACGCUGUGUAGCAGAGGCCCCGGAAGAUGUAUGGAUAGAAGUGAUGACCCCAUGCCGGAAGGACUUCAUUCGUCGUACUAUUGAUAGUGUGACGGGUGCAAAGAAGGUUAUCAUCAGUCUGUACAUCGCAACUAGUGAUAAUUUCAUCUCCACCGUCUUCGAGACUACACGCGAGGCUCAGUUCCGCACAGCUAUGGAACACGUCGCAUAUCUGCGCUCGAUAACCAAAGAUGAUCCGACCCAGCAGGCUACAACGUGGAAUCUCAUGUGGAGCCCCGAAGCCUUCUCAGAUACCGAUACGACCUUUGCCAUCGAGAUUUGUAGGGCGGUCAAGGACAUUUGGGGACCGAGCGAAGAGGUGCCAAUUAUUCUCAAUCUGCCUGCAACAGUUGAAAUGUCUAGUCCGAAUACGUACGCCGACCAGGUAGAAAUGUUUAUUCGGGGAAUUGCAGAUCCUGUCAAAGCCUGCGUUUCCCUUCACCCACAUAACGAUCGUGGGUGUGCUGUGGCGGCCGCCGAGCUUGGUCAGCUCGCAGGUGCUACUCGAGUAGAGGGCUGUCUCUUUGGUAACGGAGAGCGCACCGGCAAUGUUGAUCUUGUCACAUUAGCGUUGAACCUGUAUUCACAGGGUAUCGAUCCCGGGCUCGACUUUUCAGACCUCCCUGCUAUUCGUAAAACGGCGGAAGAACUCACACAUAUUCCUGUACAUACGCGGGCCCCUUACGCUGGAGACUCGGUGUUCUUAGCCUACAGUGGCGGUCACCAAGAUGCGAUUCGUAAGGGGUUCAAGAAAUGGAAUCAGCUGGAAGGUGGCCCUCGGUUGUGGAAGAUUCCAUAUAUCCCCAUAGAUCCUAAUGACAUUGGAUCCUCCUAUGAAGCGGUGAUCCGUGUGAACUCGCAGAGUGGAAAGGGUGGCAUCGCAUGGGUCCUUCAACACGCGCUUGACCUAGACCUGCCUAAGGAUCUGUUGCAAUCCUUUUCUCUGGCGGUCAAGUCCGAGUCCGAGAAAAAGGGUCGCACCCUCGAGUCAAAUGAGAUAACGAAGUUGUUCCUGGAAAACUACCAUGUUCUUGAUAAGGAUCCUCGGGUUCUUGCGUACCAAAAGACCAACGACAUUGCCAAAACACUAACAACAGUGCGAGCUAUUGUGCUCAUCCGCAAUCUUCCUCGCGAAGUUGUGGGUCAUGGUGCCACACCCUUGGAUGCCGUCUCAUUUUCCCUGUCUGCUUUUGCUAACUCACGUUUUGAUUUUGAAUCCGUAUGGGGCAACGUGACACUAGAAGAUGGCCAGGUACGCAAGAUCGCUGUCGUUAAAUGUACGAGCUCCUCUCGAUCGACGUGGAGUGUUAAGACAGCGGGGACGAUGGAAGAAGCCCAGCUGCUUGCAGCUUUAUCGGCCGCCUUGGACUGGCAAAAAGACAUUCCAGCGCAGCAUCAACGUCUUCGCCUUUUGCCAAUUGUCGAGGUGGCUGCGUAUGCUGGUUGA